GCCAAAUUCUCAGUAUUGUUUGUGAAAAACAUAGUUUUAACCACAAAUAAUCGUAUUAGAAAUGCCCAAAACAUAUUUUUAAUCAAAUUUCUAUACAUCCGGUUGACGAUUAAAAACACCACUAUAUAUUCGCCCCAUCGAAAAACCAAAACUCAGUCCGAACCAACGGUGUGCCACCAUGUCGAAAUUCGAGUUCAAAAAACGCGACACGGCCUCAAACCAACUCCUCGAAUACGCCAAGAAACAUUUCGACGACGACCAUUCGACGACGACAGGAUCGGGCAAUCCUGUCGGCGACAAGGACGCCAGCCUGACCGUCGGUCACCAGGGCCCCACCUUGUUGCAGGACAUCGAUUUGAUCGAUGAACUGUCCCAUUUCACCCACGAACGGAUACCUGAGAGGGUGGUGCACGCCAACGGGGCUGGGGCCUUCGGUUACUUCGAAGUUACUCACGAUAUUACUCAAUAUACGGCUGCUAGUGUCUUUGCUGAGGUUGGCAAAAGAACCCCCAUUGCCAUAAGGUUUUCGACAGUUUUUGGGGAACGUGGUUAUGCUGACACUGUCACUGACAUCAGAGGCUUCGCCAUGAAGUUCUACACUGAUGAUGGUAUCUGGGACUUGGUUGGGAACAACACCCCAAUAUUCUUCAUUAAUGACGCCAUACUCUUCCCCAGUUUGAUCCACAUUCUAAAAAGAAACCCCAAGACUCAUCUACGUGACCCAGACAUGUUCUGGGACAUGCUUUCCUUAAGGCCCGAAACAACCCACCAAACAGUCCUGAUGUUCUCGGACAGGGGAAUCCCCGCCAGCUACAGACACAUGCACGGCUACGGCUCCCACACCUACGCCUUCGUCAACAAGUUCGGCAAGUUUUUCUACUGCAAGUUCCACAUGAAAACCAACCAAGGCAUUAGAAACUUGGCGCCGGAGUUGGCGGCCAAAAUAGCCGGGCAAGACCCCGACUACCACCUGAGGGACCUGUACAACGCCAUAGAAAGCAAAGACUUCCCAUCUUGGGACUUCUACGUGCAGAUAAUGACCCCGGAACAGGCUGCGGAGAGUCACUUCAACCCCUUCGACAUGACCAAAGUGUGGUACCACGCCGACUUCCCCCUAAUACCGGUGGGGAGGUUCGUGCUGAACAGGGUGCCCAAGAACUACUUCGCAGAAGUGGAACAACUAGCCUUCGACCCGGCUAACUUAAUACCAGGAAUCGAACCGUCACCGGACCGGAUGCUGCAAGGACGCCUCUUCGCCUACAGGAACACCCAGAUGUACAGACUGGGCACCAACUACCGACAAAUUCCAGUCAACAGGCCCUUUAAAGUGCACAACUACAGCAGGGACGGUGCCCACAACAUAGACAAUCAAGGGGACGCCCCCAAUUACUACCCCAACAGCUUCCACGGGCCCGAGAACGACAAGAGGGCUGACGCCCUCUCCCCAGUCCUCCACGUGGACGCCCACGUGAAGAGGACCGACAACAAUUCGGAGGAUAAUUUUACGCAGUCGAGGGUUUUCUAUCAGAGGGUGCUCAAGCCGGACGAAAGGGAGAGGCUGGUCAGGAACAUUGUGGAGAGUCUGAGACUGGCCAACGGGGUGAUUCAGGAUAGGGCCAUACAGAACUUUUCCAAGGUCGAUCCGGACUUUGGGAACAGGAUAAGGAGGGGAAUCAAGGCUCAGACACAUGCUGAAAUAUAAAUAAAUAAAAUUAAGUUGA